GAUAGGUGGUGCUAUUGGCGGACGACGUGCAAGCUACAGUGUAAGUGAAUGCAUGUUCUCCACGCAGUUGUUAUGAAUAAACGUCGAGGGAGAGGUGAGCGCUCGAUAAUCUCUUCGACUUGAACACGUCUGCAGUAUCAGCACUGAUGCUCGGCUGGAGGCUCUGAAGUCUGUGCGCGCCGCGGCGGAUCAGUUUUGGAGUCGCCAGCACUGCGCCUUACAGCCUGGAAACAAGACACACGAUCUGAUGGACUGGGUUCAUCGUUUUCCUAAAGUUUAACUUUACUGCCUUUCUUGGGUGCAUUUUGUACAGUGGGAUUUAUUGUUUUUGGAGUUCAUUUGGAGCUGUUUACUUUGUGUUGUUCUAGUAUGGGGGAGAGCGUGCGUUUGGGGUAGAUAUGUUCCUGUUCUGUGGAAGUUGAGCCCCGCGCCCUCUCUCCACUUACUCCCAUCUUUGCAUUUUGAUUAUUACACUUUAACUGAACUCUGCAGGAGGUUUGAAACGACUGGGGAAAAUGGCCAGCGAGCGGAAACCGCGGCUUUGUCUCAUGACAAAGGGGGAGAACGGGUAUGGAUUUCACUUGCAUGGCGAGAAAGGGAAGAGCGGACAGUUUAUCCGCAAAGUGGAGGCUGGCUCCCCUGCAGAAGCGUCGGGGCUGCGCGCUGGGGACCGAGUGGUUGCGGUGAAUGGGGUUAACGUGGAGAGAGAGACACACCAUCAGGUGGUACAGCGGAUCAAAGCCGUAGACCAUGAGACCAGGUUGCUGGUGGUGGACCAUGAGACGCACGAAAAUCUGCGCAGCCUGCGCCUCACAGCUACAGAGGAGAUGGCCGUUCUGGGGACGGGGCCUUCCUCCUCAUCCUCUGCCCCGGCUUCCCCUUCUCCUUCCUCGUCCUCGGUCCCAUCGUCCCCCAGCAAGAAGCGGGAGAAUGGCUCGGUGUCCAAGCAGCCGGUCACACUGAACAGCCAGGUGCAGAAGCCCACAAGGAGGUCACCUUCAAAGGCUGCAAAGAAGGAGGCUCUUGCUCAGGCUGAAGCUCACACCCAGGCACAGUCCCAGUCACGGCCCCAGGUCGACCCGUCGGAGCUCGCUCCACGUCUGUGCCACCUGGUUCGGUCUGAGACGGGCUACGGCUUCAACCUCCACAGCGAUCGGUCACGGCCCGGACAGUACAUCCGCUCCCUGGACCCUGGAUCACCUGCAGACCAUGCCGGGCUCCGGCCACAGGACAGACUCAUUGAGGUAAAUGGCGUGAACAUUGAGGGCAUGCGGCAUGCAGAGGUGGUGGCUUUCAUAAAGAAAGGGGGAGAUGAGACCUGGCUCCUGGUGGUGGAUCCAGACACAGAUGAACACUUCAAGAGGAGGGGGAUAAUCCCCACAGUCAGUCAUCUCAAAGACUAUGAUGGUCCAUCCAUAUCCAACGGCUCCCCCACCCCUCAGAUCAACGGCAGCUCCACCACACAGUCCAUCAGGUCCACACACUCCGACCUCAGCAGCCAGGGCAACAGCACACAGUUGGCGGAUGAUGAGGGCGGCCAGCUGUUGGACCCAUUUGCAGAGAUGGGCCUGAGGCUAAGCGCUACGGCAGCAGAGGAGAAGCUGAAGGUCCAUGCCAAAGAAAAGAAGAAGGCACCACAGAUGGACUGGAUGAAGAAAUAUGAACUCUUCAGUAAUUUCUGAGAGAUUCCCUUCCAAGGACACUUAGAAGACCAAAGGACAGAGCUGUCUGCAGCCCUGAUGGACAAGCUUGUGUUGUGGAAGAACAUCCCUCUUACUAAACAGAUUUUGUUUUUUUCUUAGAGAAAGAACUAAGAUGAUUCAACACACUAGAAGAUCAGUUGUUUCUGGAAUUAAAAGUGACAAAAGGAUAAAGUUGUCCAGUGGAUUCUACUUUUUCAGCCACUUCAGAGACUCUUUAACAGCUUCUUGUCCCUCAUCAAAAAAUGUUAAGUUUAACAAGUUUUCACAAAUUUGCCUAAAUCCCCAUCACUUUUUCUCUACCUUAAUCACCCCAUCCUCCCAUCUACUCCCAGAGACUUGUUUCAGUCAAAUAGGGGAGACAGUUAUUUUUAUACUUAAAACCUAUAAAUGCCUAUGAAUAAACAGUCUCCCAUCAUCAUGGACUGCAUUUGAAAUAGUUUUACGGACACUGUGACAUGAAUGAUUGUGGACAUUGUGGGAGUUUUGGCCCAUCAGUCAGAGAAAGCCCAAACUUGGCAGAAGAUCACUGUGAAUGAGUUGAGACCCUCCACCUCCAGUCCACUCAGAUGUUUGAUCGUAACCACUGAGAAAGGAAAGGAUGGCUGUGUGUACUGGUUAUGUAUAAUGUAUGCUACAUGUAUUUGUACUUUUACAUUGAGAUAAUUAAGUGAUCAUCAGCUAAAGCCCACAUAUGCACCAGCUGAACCGCUUCAGAUCAGCCCUGCUUUAUUCAGAAAGAAUUAAUGUUGCUUGUUGUCCAGCACUCAAACUUAUUAAGUGUAUCACCACUAACCUCUUUUCCCAAAUUGUGCACUGGUGCGCACUGUGCAUAUAAAAGAAGGGAAUCACCACUAACAUUAAAUGCUUUGAUAAAGUAAACAAUGGAAACUGGAAUCAAGGGCAGAGGAAUAUCUACAUUUCUCAGGGCAAGAUGAAUGAGUUUUUUAUUGUAGAGCGCUUGAUGUGUACAGCAGAGGGCAAACUCACACCACAAAUGAAGACAUCUUUUGGCACUUAAACCAAGCAGAGUAGAUGUUCCAGAUGUCAUUCAUCAUCUCACAAUGUCUCUGAAACGAAAAUUAAUUCAGGUGAGGUGGAGGAAAGAAACUCAAGACAGUUUGAAGAUUUAUUCCCAGUGAUUACUGAAGGUGGAUCUGAAGGAAAGAAUAACGAGAAGCAAUUAUUCAGAUGUAAUGUGAAGGAGACUUUUAUGUUGUUAUUAUAUUUACACUUUUAACUGUGAUUCGAAAGCAAGCUGAUAAAUGUGAAGGCAGACAGCUAGUGUGAUUUUCUAACCAGCUGUGGAAGGAGUAUGUAAAGGCUGGCAAGACAGCCAACUACUAAUAAGACAGUAUUAGAGAUUGCACAGACUACAGCUAACUCGUCAUUAAUGAAUAACUCAAAAAAAUUAAACUGAAUACAUUUGAAAGGAAUUUUCUCAGAAGAUAUUAGUCAAGGAAGUGCAUGGUCUUGCUUCAUCAGCGGUUUCAAUCUGUCUGUCGAUGAAAUAUAAGGAAAAAGGAUGAAAUGAGUUUCAUUGAUGGUUGAAACUGUCCUAGGGGCACGUUUCACUUCAAAGGCAUAGUUAAACAUUUUUGGAAAUACAAUUUUUCAUUUUCAGACAGAGAGUUAGAUAUGAAGAUUGAAACCACUCCUGUCUAUUCGGUAAAUAUGAAGCUACACCCAGUAGCAGGUUUGGCUUGGAAACAGGGUGAAAGCCUGGUUCUGUUAACCAAAUCCACCUACCAGCACCUCUAAUUCAACCAUUACAUGUCUUUUGUUUACUUUGUGCAAAAACUUACUUAAUAAACCAGAACAUUGUAAUUUCUACUCAACAUAUUUCUUACAGUUUAAACAAAUGAGAUAUAUCAUGUUAAUUAAUGAUCUUUAGAGGUGCUGACAGACAGGGUGUUUUUUUUUCCACCUGGAUAGAGCCAAGCUGUUUUACCCUGCUUUUGUGCAAAGCUGACCUGCUGCUCAUGGUAUAGCAGUGGUAGAGUGGUAUUCAGAAAGCAAAUAGAUAUAUUUGCCCAUAUGUCAGACCAUCCCUUUAAUUAAAUAAGGUGCAAGAAAGAAAGUGGGGUUAGGGCUCAAGAGUGCAACUAGCAUAUUUUCAGAGGAAGGGAUGUGAUCAGGUGCUACAAGAGCAGUAUGUGUUAGCAUGUUAUGGGGUGGAGGGAGUGUAGGAGACAUACAGAGUGAGGUCAGAGAUGCUCUGGAGGAUCUAGUGAAAGAGACUGUGGGAGCCAUGGAGCUUACUGAGGAUUAUUACACAUCCAGGGACAGCUGUCAUACACAUGCCCACACACAAUUGGAGCACAGUGUGUGUAUAGAAGAUAGCCAUGCCGCAACCCAAGCAAUGUUGAUAUAAUGCAUUACAACAAGUGGGACUGCAAGUUGGAGAAAUGGCAGGUCAUCUAUGUGGACAACUUUUCUUUUUUGGUAACCAUUCACACCCUUAUUCUUACUUUACAGAGCCCACACUAAACACCAGUCGUCUCUGAACAUCAGUCUGUGUGUGCACUAGGUCACAGCAAAACACCAUGUUACCAUGUCCGAUGCACAUGUAUAUACAGUAAAAAGCAUACAGUAUAUAUGGCAGGUUGCAUUUUUUUCAAUAAAGUGUGACGAUUGCGUUUUUAAAUAUAUCAAAUUGUCAUCGUCAUCUCUC